CCACAGCUACCAGAGGUCACUCACGGUCAAAUGUAGCAAGUAGGGAAGUGAGAGAAGGCACAUCCAGCCCUGGGGAACAGAUGUGAUGAUGGUGGGGGGACUCGGUGCCAGGAGGGGCCUGAGAGGCCUGAUAAAGGAUCCAGGCUCAGGACCUUUCAGGCGAGUUUGUCGAGCUUGUCUGUUGGAGCCGUCCUGAGACUGAUCCAGAGUGCCCCUCCAGCCCUGCCAUGAGGCUCAUCCUGUCCCUCCCGGUCCUGGUGGUCGUUCUGUUGACGGUUUUGGAAGGCCCAGCCCCAACCCAGGCAGCCCCGGACCUCUUCAGCACCUUGGAUCGCAUCCCAGACAAGCUGAAGGAGUUUGGAAACACCCUUCACGACAAGGCCCUGGAAAUCAUAGAGCGCAUCAAACACAGCAAGUUUGCUGACAAGACCCGGCAUUGGUUAUCAGAAACAUUCAAGAAAAUUAAGGAGAAACUUGAAACUGAGAUCUGAACACCUGGAGGGCCAUACUCCAGGAGGGGGCUCUGAAAUCUCCCACACCCCAGUGCCUGUGUCAAGGACUCCCUCCAUGAUGCCCAGGCCCCCCCUGCACCAAUAAAAAUCCUAUAGAAAAUUC